CCCUUGAAGGAAAACUGUCGCCGAGGAGUCAUGGUGGCGCCCGCGCCCUCCGCCGCCGCGGAAGAGCGACAGAGAAAGCUCCAGGAGUACCUAGCAGCCAAGGGAAAACUGAAGUGCCAAAACACCAAGCCUUAUCUAAAAGCCAAGAAUAAUUGCCCGAAUCCUCCACCUUCUAAAUCUACUAUUAGACCCAAAAAGGAUGUUACCAACCAUGUUGCUUUGCCUGUCAAAGCUACAAGACCCAUCAGCAGUAAACUUCAGCCCAGACCUACCAGUAUCACAGGGUCCCAGAAGUCAAAGAUGGAGCCACCAAAACUUCUGGGCAAAAGGCUGACUUCAGGAUGUGUUUCGUCUAACCCAAACUCUCGGCCUUCUAGCAGUAGUCAACAACAGCAUGAAGCUGGAUCCUCCUCCACUGGAGAACUGUCAAGAAGAACCGUGGGGUCACUUAAUACACAGGAAUUGAAAACUACAAAGCAGCAGGUAACAGAUCAAGCAAAUGCUAAAUGUACGGACUCUGUGGACAAUGCCCAUGUUGAAAAGGAAUCCUUGGAUAGCUUUCUAAAAGAAGAGAACAAAGAGAACUUGCCCCAAACCCUGCCAGACUCUGAGAGGAAGCCAAAUCCUGAAUUACAGACCAAAAGUAAGCCAAAGACUAACUCGUAUAAUCAAACCAAGAGCAGUUUGGCUCCUAAACUAGCCGUGGGCAAAAGUUCAGUAAAUAGUAUUGUUCUGAAAGACAGAGUUAAUAAGCAGGGUGUUGGAGAAAGACAAAUCAAGAUUCCACCAAUAAAGUCAAAGCAACUCUCUAGAGGAGCAGAUCUUGUAAGACCAAGAGAAAGACCUCCAAAGACGGUUUCCUCUCACUUUGUUCAGACCCUUAGUAGGAUUCAAGCAUCAAAGAAACCAGUGGUCAGGGAUGUAAAGGUUAAUAGGAGUAAAUACGAAAGACCAAAUGAAACUAAGUUACAAUCAUACGCUGUUACUGAAGAGAAAGUAAAACACGCUAAACCCAGGACAUACCCCAGUGUGCUUCAGGGAGGAAAUAACAACAGACAUCCAAACACUAAGCAAGAUCCUAAAUCCACUCAGCCUUGUUUUAGACCUCGGACAUCAUGUGUACUGCAAAAAUCGAAAGCCACAAGCCAAAGGCCUGAUUUGACAGUUGGCAGCUUUAAUGCAGUGCUUCCAAGUACCCCUAGCCUAAGAGCAAAUGGAACCAAUGGGAAUAAACGCAACAACAGCUGUCAACAAAAAGCAUGGACUUUGGACUCCAAGUUGAAAAAGGCUCUUCCCCAGAACCAUUUUCUAACCAAGACAGCUCCCAAAACUCAAGCUGGCGACACAACCACACGUGGAAAAGGAGUCCCAAAUGGGACCCAAACGAAUCCACAUAUUAAGAAGAAGACCACAGCAGAGGAUCGAAGGAAACAACUGGAAGAAUGGCAGAAAUCUAAGGGAAAAAUCUAUAAACGGCCACCAAUGGAACUUAAAACAAAAAGAAAAAUAAUAGAGGAAAUGAAUAUUUCAUUCUGGAAGAGUAUGGAAAAGGAAGAGGAAGAAAAGAAAGCACAACUUGAACUGUCCAAUAAAAUUAACAAUACUCUGACAGAAUGUCUGCAGCUCAUUGAAGGGGGUGUACAUUCUAAUGAAAUAUUUACCAUAUUGUCCAGUAUUCCCGAGGCUGAAAAAUUUGCUAAAUUCUGGAUCUGCAAAGCAAAAUUGUUGGCAAGUAAAGGCACCUUUGAUGUUAUUGGGCUUUAUGAAGAGGCUAUACGAAAGGGGGCAACACCAAUACAAGAGUUGCGAGAAGUUGUUCUUAAUAUUUUGCAAGACCCAAACAGAAUCACAGAAGGAAUUACCUCUGACACUUUAGUUGCUGAAACUAAUAUAACGUCAAUAGAAGAGCUGACCAAGAAGAUGGAAUCUGAAAAGUCUUGUCUUUCUCCAAAAGAGAGGGGAAAGGUUACAGCAACACCCCAAAUAACCAAGACAGAACAGGAUAAUCAUCCUGGUAUCAAAUUACAGAUCGCCUCAAUUCCUAGAAUACACGGAAUGCCAGAAGUGCAAGACAUGAAGCUUAUCACUCCUGUUCGGCGUUCAGCAAGGAUCGAGCAAGCGGUGUCCCGCUAUCCGGAAAUGCUGCAGGAACACGACUUAGUAGUGGCUUCUCUUAAUGAGCUCUUAGAAGUGGAAGAAACAGAGUGUUUUAUAUUCCGUAAAAAUGAGGCUUUGCCUAUAACAUUAGGGUUUCAAAUCCUUGAAUCAUAAUUACUUGAUGCUUUUUUUUUUUUUUUUUUUAAAAAAAAGCCUCCAUGAGACAAGAAAUGCCCGUGUCCAGAUGACCUGGAAGAAACUAUAUAAUGGAAAGGCAUCAUGGAUGUAGAUGAUGGGCUCUCAGGACUUAGAAAGUAAUUCACUGGGCUGACUCUCAAAUUUUAUAUCCCACAGGAGAGGUUUAGUUUUUAAAGGCUGUAGUUGGCCACAGAUUUAUAGCAUACAUAGAUUUCAAACUAUUGAAUAGUAAUUUACCCCACAAGUAUGGUAAAAAUUUGCUCUUUAUUGAUCUGCUUGAAUCCCAACAUAGUUAUUUUUUGUAUCAGAAGGUGGGUGCCACAAUGUGAUAGACCUUCCCUCUUGCAUCCACCUUAGCAGAGAGGGCAAGUCCUCCCAGCAUAGAAGAUCUGAGUUUAGAAACUAGCCUUCCUAGCUAUACAGGACAUGACAGACUAUCUGGGCAAAUGCCCUCAUUUUACAGAUGGGUUUAUACUAGCGAUGCCUUUGCACAGAGGUGGCAAAUGACUUUUAGGUGUGAUCUUUGACUUAACUCACGGUAUCCCUGUAGAUGAGGAGUAAUUCACGCGAUUUCUGUGCCAGGUCUCCUCUAAUGAACCACAAUCCUGAAUUGGGAUGCUCAUCUAGCUUUUUAUAUCUAAAUCUAAUUUUGCAUUUGUUAUUCAGAAAUGCUUCAAAUAAAAACAAAAGGGAGCAGGGCAGAGGGGUGGGGAGGGGACGCUUGCUUUUUCACUGCAAUUCUUUGCUCUGCUGAGGGACACCUGGCCUGAGAAGACAGUACAAGCCCCAGAGACUUACAGGUUGCCUUUCCUUCCUCCUGGGCAACUGCUUAUGGAAGGUAAAACCAGAAUCAUUGUGUAAAUAUAAUGUAUAGAAAAACCUAGUCAACAUAUUUAAAAUUUUAGCUUUCUUAAGUAUUAUCUAAAACAAGAAAAAACAUUAAAUUUUGUUCAUUCGUG